AUGAUCAGCAUCCCUCCAAUUCAUUACUGUGUCGUGGAAAGCCCAAUCGUGAGAAAUGCAUCAGGGGAACCAGUGUAUGAUGCCAGUGGCCAAGUCAAACUCCGACUGAAUGACACUGAGUGCCGGUUUCAGCAGGAACCCUUUCCGCUGUAUCCCGGUGAACGACUCAAGUUGGCUGUUAAAAAGCUCCCAGUGAUUAAAAAUAACGAGGCUUUGUGCCUACGGGCUUUGACAGAUUUUGUUGACGACGACGGAGUACGGCACAUAGCCGGUCAACGUUGGCUGGUUGAAGGUCCCGGUAAGUUUGUUUAUGCCCUUCUAGUAGCAUGUUACUUCUUUAACUCCUGA